AACGAAGAAAAGAAUUGCAACUCCAUCUUCUUCACCACCUCACUAAUCACUGAAAACCCUAGAAAUCCCUCUCUUUCUCUCUCUUACUUUCUCUCUCUUCUGAAUCUCUCUCUGAAUUUGUUGAUAAAUUCGGUGAGAGCCUCACCAGGGAAUGCAGAGAGAUGAUAAGAAAAUCGGCUUGUAACCCCCAAUUGGGAGGAGGGAGGGCAGCCAGCAAAACGCUCAAUAGCGGCCGUAAUUGCCACCGUAAACACGUCGAAGACGGUUGAAACCACCACCACCGCCGCCGCCGCCGCUGCAAUCAGAAAAUUCCGUCUCACCACCACCUAAAUCUACAUCCAAUUUUAUUUUGUUCAAGUUUUUUUUCUCAGAAGAAUGAAUAUGGCGUCGGACGAAAAAAGCGGCGCGCUGCACGGAAAGUACGAAUUGGGGAGGGUUUUAGGGCACGGCACGUUUGCGAAGGUGUACCAUGCCCGGAAUCUGCAGACGGGUAAAAGCGUGGCGAUGAAAGUCGUCGGAAAGGAGAAGGUGAUUCAGGUCGGAAUGAUGGAGCAGGUGAAGCGCGAGAUCUCCGUCAUGAAAAUGAUGCACCACCCGAACAUAGUCGAGCUCCACGAGGUGAUGGCCAGCAAAUCCAAGAUCUACUUCGCCAUGGAGUACGUCCGCGGCGGCGAGCUCUUCGCCAAAAUCGCCAAGGGCCGUCUGCGUGAGGAGCCGGCGCGUAACUACUUCCAGCAAUUAAUCUCCGCCAUCGACUUCUGCCACAGCCGCGGCGUCUACCACCGCGACCUCAAGCCGGAGAAUCUCCUCCUCGACGAGGACGGCAACCUCAAGGUGACGGAUUUCGGCCUGAGCGCACUCUCCGACCAUCUCCGGCAGGACGGACUGUUCCACACCACGUGCGGCACUCCGGCCUACGUGGCACCCGAGGUCAUCGGAAAGAAGGGCUACGACGGAGCAAAGGCGGAUAUCUGGUCAUGCGGCGUUAUCCUCUAUGUUCUCUUGGCAGGUUUCUUACCCUUUCAGGAUGACAACAUAGUCGCCAUGUAUAGGAAGAUAUACAGAGGCGAUUUCAAAUGCCCGCCUUGGUUCUCGCCGGAAUCCCGUAAAUUGAUCACGAAAAUGCUGGAUCCGAAUCCGGGGACGAGGAUCAACAUAGCGAAGAUAAUGGAUUCGUCGUGGUUCAAGAAAUCGGCAUCGAAGAAUCUCCGGAGCAAGGAGCAACAGGAGUUCACCAUGGCGGAUGAAGCCUACCUUGGCAAGUGGAAAGAAACAGAGACCAUGAACGCGUUUCACAUAAUCUCUCUCUCCGAGGGUUUCGAUCUUUCGCCGCUGUUCGAGGAGAAGAAGAGAGUCGAGAGAGAGGAGUUGAGGUUCGCCACGACCAGGCCGGCGAGCAGCGUGAUUUCGAAGCUGGAAGAGGUGGCGAAAACCAAGAAUUUCAGCAUCAAGAGAAGCGAUUCGUGUGUGAGGCUACAAGGGCAGGAGAGUGGGAGGAAGGGCAAAUUGGGAAUAAACGCUGAUAUUUUUGCGGUGGCACCUUCAUUUGUGGUGGUGGAGGUGAAAAAGUCGAGCGGCGAUACGCUCGAGUACAAUAAUUUCUGCAGUAAAGAGCUCAGGCCGGCGCUUAAAGAUAUUGUUUGGACAUCUUCAACUGUGAGUUCGACUCCUGCUUGAAUUCUUGGAUGGAUGAACAAUUGUUUUUUUAUUUUUAAAUCGAAUUUGAAGUUAGAGUUCAUUGUUUAUUAAGUAUUAUGUGAAUUAAUUUGGAGGAAAAUUAUCUGUUUUCGUUUUGUGUGAUUGAAUUAUCUGUUUCUCUAUCAGCUUUCGUCUGUUGAUGUUUGUAUUUGUUUGUGGAUGAUGAUGUGUGUGAUUAAGAUU